ACCCCCGCGGCGCCCGCCGACCACCACCUCGCGACGCGCCGUCCGGCCGGCCAACCACCACCUCCGAACGCGCCGCCCGGCCGGCUACCCACCCCCCCACCCCACCGCCUCCCUUCACCACCUUCCUCCUAGCCCCCCUCGCCUUCAUCCUCGUCCGGCGGCCCGACUUCCGCCGGAUCCGCGCCAUGGCCGCCGCCCGGGAGCUGCGACGGCCCGGAUCCGACUUGCCUCCUCCACAGCGGGCAGCCACAUCCUUCCACAACCUUCUUCCUAGCCAGCGGCAUCCUCCCUCGUCGUCGGCCACGGUGCCGCAACCACUGGCUUUUGCUGCUGUGCAUGAUUUGUUUGCCCCCGGCGAGCAUGCUGCAGAAUCGGCGACGAUGGCUGGAUGCAGUUCAGUUUCAGUCGAUCUGCGGCACCACGUCGUCACCUCGUGGAGUGCCCCACCUGCAGCUCUCCCCUCUACUCCACGCAGUUCGCCGACGGUGGGGAGACGAGUGGACUGCAUCCGAUCCACAAUGCACUGCAACACUCGGACGACUGCGCCGCAUGAAGAUCAUGGGCGAACUGCUCUUCCUAGGUGUCCUCUGGAAGCAACCGGUAGCCAUGUCCCUUUGAAUGAGGAGCAGUUGUUGCCAUCACCGGAUCCGCCCCUACCUUGCCAUUUCCUCCUCUCAAUCUUGAAAACUAGGGAUCAAUGGCACUCAGGCAGCAACAUAUUUUCGUCCCUCGCCUGCUCAUCUUCGGGAAUGGGACAGGGGAAACGCUGUCGUGCGGUGCUGGAGCUCCAACUUUCGUUUUCCUUCGGGAAAGGGCAUAGGGCAGAGUCCACCACCUCACCUCCUCUCCCUGGCGGCGUGAAGUUUGGUUGUUGCAGUACACCAGGCGUGCGCGUGCAGUGAGCAAGCCGACGGCAUGCAGUGCGCAAAGCGACAGCCUAAAGUUUGGUUGUGGCACGCACUUGCAGUACACCAAGCGUGCGCGUGCAGUGCGCAAGCCGAUGACGUGAAAUUUGGUUGAGGCGUCCCUCUCGUCGUCGUCUCUAGGGAUCCAGCGCCAUCGGGGUCGUCUCUCAUUCCGUCGGCAAGAGGGUCCGUGGUGUGAUCUAGUUCAGUCCGGUGGUGCUGCGUGUGUAGUGCUCUUGCUGGGCGUGUAGUGCAAAUGGUCCCACUGGAUCGUGAGGUUGGUAAGGUGUGGGCAACUACCACUGUAGUCAGACUGUCAGAUCAUCGUUCCUAUGUGGGUGCUUUUUUUUCUCUUUGAUACACUCUGUAGUUUGUUUAUUUGUCGAUGUGUGUUUCAAUUCUUCAACGACAUCUUUCCUGUGGUUUACUUGCCGGAGCAGAGAUGGACGCUGACGCCAACAACUUCAGUGGCAGCAACAUGGAAGUCGUUGCGGCGCUUCUGCCCCUGGAUGUCAGUCAUGCAUUUCAGCAGCGUGCGCGUGGCGGUGAAAGUCCCUCGCGGUCUGCGGCGUCUACGCGUGCAGUCCGGCAGGGUAGCGCAUGCAGUGCUCGAAACCUCGGCCUCAAAUGUAAUUUUCUUUUUGUUUGCACAUGGAUGUUCCUCCUAUUUCCAGGCCGCAUCUAUCGUCCAGACCCCCUUUCUUGUAUGUGUAAUGUGCAGUUUGAUUCGGGCACGACUGCGGUUCAGUUAUUUGCAGAAAAAAAAGAAAAAGGUAAAAAAAACUUGUUGAAAAAUCAA